AUGGCAAACAACACAAUCAUUGCUGUGCACAUAUGGAAGGCGGAAACAAGAGGGAAGUUCUUAGACGAAUUUGGCCUUGGCAAAGAGAAUUUUAACAAUGUGAGAAAUGGGAUGUUUGUGACGAAGGGAAUCGAAGAAGCAUUUGAUAAUCAGCAGGUCUGUUUCCUCUACAACACCCUCAACGAAGAGCUUUGUCUGUGGGUUGCAGAUACAACAAUUCUAUCGGACAAAAUCGAAGGGUCGAAUCCACAAAAAACACUUGCAGACGUCCAUCAAAAGCCAUUGUGUUGCCCUGAUAAAGACCACAUGCCUUUUCGACAUCUCUUAGCUUGGCAUGCACGGCUAACACUGGAGCUUCGGAAAGAAAGUAUUCAAGUACCCAAUUACACAUCUGAAUAUGAUCUCUCACCAGGCAGAGCAGGUGCUACAAUGAACCCGAUUGCUCGAGCAAUUAAUGACGUUGGUCGAACCUGGGGAGGAUGCCUCGGUGUCAGGAAGUUGAAGCGGUGCUCGGCACAUGACAAUUCAAACGAUAAUACCACGAAGCUUACGGUCCUUAUAGGGAGAGUUAUGGUUAUCGCCGAUACAAGCCUGAUUACAACAGUUAUUACGGCUAUGGUAACUACGGAGGUGGGAGGUCGUAUGGAUACGACGUUUCUGCUUCUUCAUCUGCAACAUUAG